AUGCCUUCACAAUUUAUCGAUUCUUUCUCUCCAAUGGAGGCUUCUAUCGAUUCUCCCACCGUUACAAAGGACGAACCCCUCGACUUCGAUGAUUUCGGUAGUCUCGGUAUGUUGAUGACCGGCCCAAUCACUCCAGCCUCGACAGCUCCGAGUGAUCUCUACAUCGGAACCCCUUGUGGGGAUUCUCCUACUCCCAGCUAUUCGGAAAGCCCUGGAAACAGUCUCUCCCCAACUCCUGGCCCAGGUGAAGCCCCGAAAGAUGGUGAAAAGAAGCCAGUCAAGAAACGAAAGUCAUGGGGCCAAGUUCUUCCUACACCAACAACCAACCUUCCUCCUCGCAAACGUGCCAAGACUGAACCUGAAAAGGAGCAGCGUAGGAUUGAGCGUGUUAUUAGAAACCGCCAAGCAGCACAAACCUCUCGGGAACGAAAACGGUUAGAGUACGAGGCACUCGAAAAGGCCAAGGCUGCUCUUGAGGUUGACAACAACGAGCUCAAGAGCAAGUUGACUCUCACCGAAAGAGAGAACAUCGAGCUUGCCCAACGUCUUUCCAACCUUGAGCAACAAGUCAAAAUGUUCCAAGACACCAUGAACGUUGCCAGACAGAUCGCCGACAAGGUCAAUUUCUCACAGUCUGGUGUUCCAGUCCCAACUGACAUCCCAUCACCUGUCGGCUCUGAUGACGUUCCCUCCAGAAUGUCCUUUGUCGACAACACUCUUGAUCCAAAUACCCUUUUCUCUAAUGAAGCAAGUAAUGCAUCAUCCCCGGCGUUGGAUAUCAACGUUGAAGCUCUCUACGAGACACAACAAACUGCUGUUUUGUUGUGUGACCUGCCGUGUCUGCAGAGAGCUUCGCGUCCUUCCCCGGAACUUUUGACUAUUUGGAUGAUGCAGUACCUACUGUUGGCAACAAUGACAUCGACGAUCUAUUCGAUUCAGAUGCCUUUUCUACAACUUUUCUUGAGUCUCAAACGGGGGACCAAGAUUCCGGAUACUCAACUAGCACGCUUUUCUCCCUUGAUUCUUUGGUUGAUUACGACCAAACCGACCAAGCAGCUUUGGCGACGACUUCUGACCUGCAACCCGGCCUGCGCGCUCCUAUUGGUAGCGACGGACGAGCGACUGCAAUCGGAGUCGAGUAAGCUGUUUGGUAAGUUUGGUUCGUUGUCAGGCGGAAAUGAUGGGGGGUCUGGUUUGUUGGGCGGGAAUCCGGCCAGUGAACUUCGGAGACUAGUGGAAAGUUUGGAUUUGGAUAGGCAAUGUGAUGAGAUUGAUUACGGACCCGUGAAACGGUCUGCAACAUGGAACAUUUCAAGGCGUCCUGGAAGUCCAGGUUGUGGGGGGUUUGUUUGA